AUGAGGGGGCUCCCUGAGGAUCCCUGCCCGGGUGCUGACGCUCGAGCUCCGCCCCUCGCCGCGCCGCUCCCUCCGCGUCUGCAGGCAGAGCUCGCUCAUCUCUGCGGACGCCGCCGCCUUCAUUACCUCCUCUUUCUCCCGCCGGUGUGCGAGGGCCUCGCCCGGCAGCGGCACUAGGUCCUGGGUGGGCGGCUUGGGCCCGCGCGGCUGCUGAGCGCUCGGCGUGGGGAAGCCAGAUCCUCCGCCUGCGCGGCGCCGUGACAGGUGCAGAGUCUGGUCUGCAUACCCACCUGCGGCGGCUGCCGCGAUGCCCACCAUGCGGAGGACCGUGUCGGAGAUCCGCUCUCGCGCGGAGGGUUAUGAGAAGACUGAUGAUGUUUCAGAGAAGACUUCACUGGCUGACCAGGAGGAAGUAAGGACUAUAUUCAUCAACCAGCCCCAGCUGACAAAAUUCUGCAAUAACCAUGUCAGCACUGCAAAAUAUAACGUAAUCACAUUCCUUCCAAGAUUUCUCUACUCUCAGUUCAGAAGAGCCGCUAAUUCAUUUUUUCUCUUUAUUGCACUGCUUCAGCAAAUACCUGAUGUAUCACCAACAGGUCGCUACACAACACUGGUUCCUCUCUUAUUUAUUUUAGCUGUGGCAGCUGUCAAAGAGAUAAUAGAAGAUAUUAAACGACAUAAAGCUGAUAAUGCAGUGAACAAGAAACAGACCCAAGUUUUGAGAAGUGGUGCUUGGGAAAUUGUGCACUGGGAAAAGGUGGCAGUAGGGGAAAUAGUGAAAGUGACCAAUGGGGAACAUCUCCCAGCAGAUCUCAUCAGCUUGUCCUCAAGUGAGCCCCAGGCCAUGUGCUACAUUGAAACAUCCAACUUAGAUGGUGAAACAAACUUGAAAAUUAGACAGGGCUUACCAGCAACAUCAGAUAUUAAAGACAUUGACAGUUUGAUGAGAAUUUCUGGCAGAAUUGAGUGUGAAAGUCCAAACAGACAUCUCUACGAUUUUGUUGGAAACAUAAGGCUUGAUGGACACAGCACUGUUCCCCUGGGAGCAGAUCAGAUUCUUCUUCGAGGCGCUCAACUGAGAAAUACACAGUGGGUUCAUGGAAUAGUUGUCUACACUGGACAUGACACCAAGCUGAUGCAGAAUUCAACAAGUCCACCACUUAAACUCUCAAAUGUAGAACGGAUUACAAAUGUACAAAUUUUGAUUUUAUUUUGUAUCUUGAUUGCCAUGUCUCUUGUCUGUUCUGUGGGCUCAGCCAUUUGGAAUCGAAGGCAUUCUGGAAAGGACUGGUAUCUCAAUCUAAACUAUGGUGGUGCUAAUAAUUUUGGACUGAAUUUCUUGACCUUCAUCAUCCUUUUCAAUAAUCUCAUUCCUAUCAGCUUGUUGGUUACAUUAGAAGUGGUGAAAUUUACCCAGGCAUACUUCAUAAAUUGGGAUCUUGACAUGCACUAUGAACCCACAGACACUGCUGCUAUGGCUCGAACAUCUAAUCUGAAUGAGGAACUUGGCCAGGUAAAAUACAUAUUUUCUGACAAAACUGGUACUUUGACAUGCAAUGUAAUGCAGUUUAAGAAGUGCACCAUAGCUGGAGUUGCUUAUGGCCAUGUCCCUGAACCUGAGGAUUAUGGCUGCUCUCCUGAUGAAUGGCAGGGCUCACAGUUUGGAGAUGAAAAAACAUUUAGUGAUUCAUCAUUGCUGGAAAACCUCCAAAAUAAUCAUCCAACUGCACCUAUAAUAUGUGAAUUUCUUACAAUGAUGGCAGUUUGUCACACAGCAGUACCGGAGCGGGAAGGUGAUAAGAUUAUUUACCAGGCAGCAUCUCCAGAUGAAGGAGCCUUGGUCAGAGCAGCCAAGCAACUGAAUUUUGUUUUCACUGGAAGAACACCUGACUCAGUGAUUAUAGAUUCACUGGGGCAGGAAGAAAGAUACGAAUUGCUCAAUGUCCUGGAGUUCACCAGUGCUAGAAAAAGAAUGUCAGUGAUCGUUCGCACUCCAUCCGGGAAGUUACGACUUUACUGCAAAGGAGCCGACACUGUAAUUUAUGACCGACUAGCAGAGACUUCAAAAUACAAAGAAAUUACCCUAAAACAUUUAGAGCAGUUUGCUACAGAAGGAUUAAGAACUUUAUGUUUUGCCGUGGCUGAGAUUUCAGAGAGCGACUUUCAGGAAUGGCGAACGGUCUAUCAGCGGGCGUCCACGUCCGUGCAGAACAGGCUGCUCAAACUGGAAGAGAGCUACGAGUUAAUUGAAAAGAAUCUUCAGCUACUUGGAGCCACAGCCAUCGAGGAUAAAUUACAAGAUCAAGUGCCUGAAACCAUAGAAACUCUAAUGAAAGCAGACAUCAAAAUCUGGAUCCUUACAGGAGACAAGCAGGAAACUGCCAUUAACAUUGGACACUCCUGCAAACUUUUGAGGAAGAACAUGGGAAUGAUUGUUAUAAAUGAAGGCUCUCUCGAUGGAACAAGGGAAACUCUCAGUCGUCACUGCACUACCCUUGGUGAUGCUCUUCGGAAGGAGAAUGACUUUGCUCUUAUAAUUGAUGGGAAAACCCUCAAGUAUGCCUUAACUUUUGGAGUACGGCAGUAUUUUCUGGACUUAGCUUUGUCGUGCAAAGCUGUUAUUUGCUGCAGGGUUUCUCCUCUUCAAAAAUCUGAAGUUGUUGAGAUGGUUAAAAAACAAGUUAAAGUCAUAACACUUGCCAUUGGUGAUGGAGCAAAUGACGUCAGCAUGAUACAGACGGCACAUGUUGGAGUUGGAAUAAGUGGCAAUGAAGGCCUUCAGGCAGCUAAUUCUUCUGACUACUCCAUAGCUCAGUUCAAAUAUUUGAAGAAUUUGUUGAUGGUUCAUGGUGCCUGGAACUAUAACAGAGUCUCCAAGUGCAUUUUGUACUGCUUCUACAAGAAUAUAGUCCUCUAUAUUAUUGAGAUCUGGUUUGCCUUCGUUAAUGGCUUUUCUGGACAGAUCCUCUUUGAGAGAUGGUGCAUAGGUCUUUAUAACGUGAUGUUUACAGCAAUGCCGCCCUUAACUCUGGGAAUAUUUGAGAGAUCAUGCAGAAAAGAGAAUAUGUUGAAGUAUCCUGAAUUAUACAAAACGUCUCAGAAUGCCCGAGACUUCAACACCAAGGUUUUCUGGGUUCAUUGUUUAAAUGGCCUCUUCCACUCAGUUAUUCUGUUUUGGUUUCCACUAAAAGCCCUUCAGUAUGGUACUGUAUUUGGAAAUGGGAAGACCUCUGAUUACCUGCUGUUGGGAAACUUCGUUUACACUUUUGUGGUGAUAACUGUGUGUUUGAAAGCUGGAUUGGAGACAUCAUAUUGGACCUGGUUCAGCCACAUAGCGAUCUGGGGCAGCAUCGCACUCUGGGUGGUGUUUUUUGGAAUCUACUCAUCUCUGUGGCCUGCUGUCCCCAUGGCCCCUGAUAUGUCAGGAGAGGCAGCCAUGUUGUUCAGUUCCGGAGUCUUUUGGACAGGCCUGUUAUUUAUCCCUGUGGCAUCUUUGCUUCUUGACGUGGUGUACAAAGUUAUCAAGAGGACUGCUUUUAAAACAUUAGUGGAUGAAGUUCAGGAGCUGGAGGCAAAAUCUCAAGACCCAGGAGCAGUUGUGCUUGGAAAAAGCCUCACGGAGAGGGCGCAACUGCUCAAGAAUGUCUUUAAGAAGAACCACGUGAACUUGUACCCAUCAGAAUCAUUGCAACAAAACCUGCUCCACGGGUAUGCUUUCUCUCAAGAUGAAAAUGGAAUCGUCUCACAGUCUGAAGUGAUUAGAGCGUAUGAUACCACAAAGCAGAGACCCGAUGAGUGGUGAUGGGGGGAGAGAGGAGAGGCCAGCUCUGACACAGCUUGAAGGGAAGCUCCCACAUCUUCACCAGAAUCUGCUGACCAACUCCAGCCUGGUCCAAGAAGGGGAAAUGGAUCUGAACUCAUCUCAUUGACUGACAUUCAGAUUCAUGUAUAUUAUAGACAUAAGCACUGUGCAACUAUACUGUAACACCAUCUCUUUCAGAUUUUCUAAAGUAUUUACUAAGUCUUUGUAAACAGAAAUGGAAAAUGACCUUGUAUCUUGCCAGAGUGUUUUCUUAAACUGAGAAUAGGUCAGCAUUCUUAUGCUGUUACUCUGGGGCUGCCACUAACUAUCAGUGUCUUGGAUGUACCACGAGGCGACCGACCUUUACAAAUCUCUAAAAUGGUAGUAAGUUAAAAGGGACUCCUUGAUAUCCAUUUUAGAUUUCAGAAUAUGCUGAAAAGAACCAGCCUUCUUAAGGAAGCGACUCACUGAGCAAAAUUCCUAAACAAGACAUUAAUAAUAAUGUGUUUGUGUCAAAAAUUGUCUUGAUAAAUGUUUGCCAAAGAAGUUUAAUACAUGUAUUUGUCAUUCAGUAGUCAUUUGCCCAGAAAUCUAAGAGAAGGUUUACCUCUAGUUCUGCUGUAAGAUCUGCAUGCCUGACUUUACAAAUCUAAGAGUGAUUUGCAAAAACGAGUAUUUCAAGGCAUUUGCUACUAAAAUCUGUGAUGUUGCACCUUUAGCCUUACAAAUGCUUCUUUCUCGUUCGUCUUGUCUAUUUAUUCCAGUUGCAGUGCACAUGUGGUAUGUGACUGUCUUUAUGAUACUGAUUUUUAAAACUGUAUUUAUGUCUCCAUCCUUUCUAAUGAGGUUUCAUCAUCAUUUAGAUUUUUCUAACAACCUGGCUUCUGCUGUAGAUUGAAUGAUGUCAUUUUGUCUUCGAGUUUUCUCUUUUAAGAAAAAUAUGCUUACAUAUUUAUGUAAGAUUUCCAAUGCUUCUGUCAAGGUGUUUGGAAUACCAUGUUGGAUAAAUGCAUGGGCCUUUGUAACGUCCGUAGACUCAGCUUUUGUCCUGUGUUUUGGUUUUCCUUAUUAGUGCCCGCUCGAGAUGCCUGCUGUCCUUAAUGGCACACCCAGUGUUAUGCUGACUGCCCUGUAUAUAAGACUGAGAAUGACUUCACAGUUCACUAGUCAAGCAGCUCCCAAAAUUAGUCACACACUGCUAAUUGGGACAAAUAAGUAGUACCGUUUACCCAUCUUAAAAACAUCUAUUUUACUCAAGCCUAUAACUUUACAAAGAAAAGUAGAUUUUUGUUAAUAUGCUUUAAAAUGUGUGUUCAGUUUAAUUAUUUUCAGCAUUUCCAAGACAUCUGAAAAUGCCUAUUUUGUCACCAACAAUAAAUGGUGAAGGGGCUGUUUAAAAACACAACCAGUUUUCUACACUAUUUUUAACAUAAUGCUCUCAUGUGGAAAUAAAAAGAAUUCUAGCUUUCAGAUACACCUCAGAGAUUGAAGCAAACCUUUUGCCUUGCAUUCAAAAGCCUGUUCGCCUUUAAGUGGACUUACCAGCAAAAUAGGUACAACUUCCUCUUUAAAAAAUAAGUCAACUACAAUUGAGAAGAGAGGAGAUUUUCAAAUCAUUCCUUGAGUUUAAUAAUUCACAUCUUUUUCGUCCUUUUUCUCAAUCUAGAUUUAAAAUUCAGCUAUAUAUUAUUUCCUUCUCUGUAUUUUUAGCUAUUUAGUUACCUGUAUGCCUCCCACAUUUUCUACACAUAAGAGAGGUUAUAACAUACCUAAUUUGAACUUAAAGGGGGCAAGGAGUUGACAUACUUCACUCCCCAGACCCUUCCCAUUUGGGGAUCCGAUUAAGAAAAUCAUAAAUUCAACCAUCUAACAAGACCACAGGCGUAAGGGUCUCAGAUCAUGUUCGAAAUUCAGAUUUCACAGUCUUUGUCUACUGAAUGACUAUUCAGAGCU